AUGCCGUUGGGAUUUAACAAUCCAUUGCCUUCUUCGCUGAGCAGCGAAUGUCGGAAGGCGAGCAAGAUUCUCCUGUCCUUUAUUGAUCCCGCAGAAGCUUUUGGCCCAGAGAAGGUUAUUCCGCCUGAGAUACUCGCAAAUGCAAAGGGUCUCGCAAUUCUCACCGUCGUAAAAGCCGGGUUUGUAGGCUCGGCUCGUUUCGGAUCCGGUGUCGUCGUUGCUCGACUUGCGGAUGGGCAGUGGUCUGCUCCCUCCGCCAUCACGACCGCUGGAGCCGGCUUUGGCGGUCAACUCGGCUUCGAAUUCACAGAUUUCGUCUUUAUACUCAACGAUGCGGCAGCGGUCCGCUCAUUCAGCCAGGUCGGCUCCAUAACACUUGGCGGGAAUGUCUCUGUCGCUGCUGGACCCGUGGGACGGAAUGCCGAAGCCGCAGGUGCGGCGAGUUUGAAGGGAGUGGCCGGGGUGUUCUCAUACUCCAAGACCAAGGGUCUGUUUGCCGGCGUGAGUCUGGAAGGCAGCGUGCUUAUUGAGCGCAAGGAAGCGAAUGCACGAAUGUACAAUGCGAAAAUAUCGGCCAGUCAGCUUCUGAGCGGUGCGGUACCACCACCGCCGGGCGCGGAGCCGCUGAUGGCAGUGCUUAGGUCAAGAGCCUUCUCGGGCCGGUAUGGCACUGCCCAUGCAGAGGGAAUGUACAACGAUGUCCCUGUCUAUGAUGACAGGCAUGCUGGUAUGGGGUUCGAAGGGAGAAAUAGAUCCUCCUCGGUCAACGACUAUCAGUAUAGCGAUAGGCUGGGGCGCAAUACCACAUGGCAAGGCGACGUACACGAUCAGCAACAUACCGGGCUAAAUCGAUCCAACACGACUGCCGCCCGUGCCAAUCCACAGGAGACGUUCGACAGCAUGCAAUCGUACGGCCAGAGGGGAGGUUUCGACAGUCGGCCUGCCCGCCCAACAGCACCUAAGCCGGUAUUUGGCCAGAAGCCUCAGUUAAGCAAAGACCAGGCUGUGGCCCUGUUUACUUUCGAUGCAGACCAGGAUGGUGACCUAGGCUUCAAAAAGGGCGAGAUCAUCACGAUUGUGAAGCGGACGGAGAAGCAGGACGACUGGUGGACGGGAAAGAUUGGAAACCGAGUCGGCAUUUUCCCGAGUAACUAUGUCGAAGCUGGAAAGUAA